AAAUAGACUGCCACUUGGUUGAGAGGAAAAGAUCUACAUGGACACAUGAAGUACAUAUAGGAAGACUCAAGCACUGAGUACAUGCCAAUGUUUGUGAGUAUGGUUGUCACCCAUCAUAAGCUCUUUACGACAGUUCAAGAGUCGGAAAGCCGUAAAUAGCUGAUUCAUCUAACCAAAAAAUGGAGAGAAACGCAACAAUUGGAAGCUUUUUUCCUUUAAGUACGAAGUACAACAGCAGUUUCUUGGAGGAUAAUACAACGUACAACACUUCGAGAGACAAUUAUAUUCCUGCACAUUCCUUACUAAAUUUAUGUAUUGCUACGGUACUACUCAUAAUUGGAUUGACUGGAAACAGUUUUACAAUCAUUUUUGUUUUUGUGAGAAGGAAUUUACAUACGCCAACAUACACAGCCAUAGCUUGUCUUGGAAUUGCUGACCUCCUAGCAUCCUGUUCCCGAUUUGUUUUUCAUUUGGACAAUCAUUUUUACUUUUUUAAUUACACGGAAGCUUCAUUAUACGGAAUCAUUACUGCGUUUUUUCUAAAUGCAGCAAAUUUUCACGUAGUUUUGUUUGCAUAUUUGCGGUGUGCAUUAAUUUCGUCCCCACUUCAAAGUACUGGAAUAACGUAUCGAAAGGUUUUGAAAAUUUCCAUCGUUAUUUGGGUGCUAAGUUGUGUUGUGGCGUCAGCCUACGGUACAGUAAUGAUAUUUGAAAUCAAUGGUAUAGUUUCUAUUGACGACAGUGCGUUCACUGAGAUUUUUUUUUGGUCUUAUAUUUAUUUUUUGCCAUUUCUCCUAAUAAUUUACUUUCAUGUUACAAAAAUUAGAAAGAUGAGGCAACAUAAAUCUGAAAUGACAAGAAGGCAAUGCUAUGCCCAUAUGUCUGAGUCAAUGUCAUUUAUGUUUAUUAUUAUCAUAACCAUUUUUGUCAUCAGUUCAACUCCAUCAGUUGUACAUGUUAUCAUAUUUUAUAUAUGCAGAAAAGAAAAUUCUACAUCAGUUUUUUGCAUUCGCUAUCCUUUUGCAUUAGGCCAUUCAAUUUCCUAUCUUUGCAUCAUGUUAAAUAACUGCAUAAAUCCAAUAAUUUAUUUCAUGUUUUCCCAUCCUGUUCGAAAGUUUUUUAACAGAUAUUAGUCGAUUCGGAGAUAAUUCAUAAUCAGGUAAGACAAACAGCAGCUAUUCAGACGCGUUUUGGUAUGCAUGUAUACAUUUCACUGUAUUUUAUUGGAGAUAAGAACAGCAUGAUUGAUACUGAUGCAGAAUAGUACUAAGAUCAAAUUUAAACCUUUUUUGUCGAUUUUCUAACUAUGCAGUUAUAUAUAAAAAAAAACAUUAAUAUAUCAAUCAACGUACAGGCGAACCUAUAAAUGUACAAGUGUCACAUUUCUUUUGGAAAAUUCAACACCACGAACUCUGAAGAGGAUAUAAUACUCUAUGGUCAAAAUUACAGAAACACAGUAGGUGUAAUAAAUAGAAAGUAAUUACCUGAGUUACUCUAACAAUUUAAAACUUACUGACUUUUUUCUUUCAAAAUAGAUUAUGCUUUUACUAGGAAAUAAUACUUUUGAUUAAAGCUUCCUAUGAUUUUGAGCAUUACAUUGCUAAAAACUCUAAGGAACCAAAACAGAGAUUAACCAAACACCCAAAGAAAGUAAAUCCUUGUUUUCAUAUAAUUUGCAACACUGUCUAUAAACAGAUAAGCAACGUGUUUUAUUUCUACUAUUAAACUGAUAAAAAAUGGAUGAAUCACGCUUUCAGAAAAAUAUUCAUUUAAGAAGGCAGGCGGGUUCAAAUCCAAUUUUGGGACGUUGAGACCGAUCCUUCGGAUGAGACUGUAUAAAUCGAGGUCCCGUGUCAGCGUUGGUGCUGGCACGAAAAAGAUCCCCAACUGCUCAAUUGCCCUCAGUGCCGAGUAUAGGACAAAAUUGCAGCGCUCCGGCCGCUAGCUGCGUUGUCUCCAUAUGAGUGAAAAAUUCUAGAGAUGAACAUUAAACAAUAUGCAAUCCAUCAAUGAAGCAGAAAUGGUAGAAAAUGAUUUAAAAUGGUUUAAUGGAAAUCAUCUGCUAUCGAAGGAAAUAUCACCAGAAAAUUCAUGCGUUUUGCCUCUUAGGGAUGCAAUUGUUUGUGUAGUGAGUGAAAGUAAUAUAUUAUAUGCGUGCAGAGAGGUUGGAAUUAUUGUCAUUUAGAAGAGAAAUUUAUUUAUGGGUAGUUUAUCAAAUGAACAUUGUUGAAAAAACAGGCAUCCAUUCAAAGAACUUAUAUGUAGGCAAUCGAUUUAUUUAUAAACAUACAUUAAAUGCAGCUUGUGCACAUUCUUAAGCAGAAGUAUACUGUGUUAUCUUGAAAAAAGGACAUGGUUUAAUCGUUUUCCUUUGUUAUUGGUUUCCAAAUAUUCUUUGUACAGACCUGUGUGCGAUUUUGUACAUAGCAUAUGCUUUAACUCGUAUGCUACUUUUGAUAUUUCGAUAUAUAUUAAUGUAAAUAGAAUUUCCUUGCUUAAAUGUGACAGUUAGAAAAGAAAAAAAACCUUUAAUAUAAAUAUUACGUUAGGUGUUCAUGA